AGGUAUGUGAAUAAGCAGAGGGUGGGGAACAGUAGGAAAUGGAGAUUGUAUUUCUGUAACGAAAAAUCCCGCUGGCGAAACUGAAUGAACUGCACGCUUUUACACCUUUACUCGGCGAGAGAGUAAUUCACUUCCAAUUAUAUGUGAGUCUGAGAAUCCAUGUAUUGAAUAAAGAAAGCCACCUAAACCUCUAUUUUCCACAGAUUACUGGCGUUCUAUCGGCUGUACAUUAUUAAGUAAACAAAUACUAGGCAUGCUUUUGCAAACACAGUUUAGACUACAGUCGUUUGCUGGCUGUGAGUGGUCGCACAUGCUCAGUUGAGCUGUGCCGCUCGCCGCUGUCUGCCCGCUCCUCCCAAAUGUGUGAGUGCCAGGGGCUGUGAAGCACAGAUCACACUGCUGCUGGAUCCCAGGAGUAGAAGACGGAAUACGUCACCGAGGGACAGGGACGCCGUUCAGGUAGCAUCUCCUGCCCCGUCUGCACAGCUCUGUGAUCUGUGAUGCAGAGUAUUUAUAAAAGCAUCUCAACAACUCCUGCCAUACCUGAAUUAAUCCCGAACUGAAGAAUGUUCUCUUCAGUCAAGCCCUAUGAAAAUCAGCAGUACGCUGCUUUGAAGAAGGCGUGCCAGCAGAACAAGGAGCUGUUUGAGGACCCGCUCUUCCCUGCAGUCGACGAAUCACUCUUUUACCAGGGGAACCCAAUCGGCAGAGUGCAUUGGAAACGGCCCAAGGAGCUGUGUGAGGACCCCCACCUUUUUGUCAAUGGGAUCAGUGCACACGACUUGCACCAGGGCCAGUUGGGAAACUGCUGGUUUGUGGCAGCCUGCUCUAGUCUAGCCUCCAGAGAGUCUCUCUGGCAGAAGGUGAUCCCAGACUGGAAGGAGCAGGAGUGGGACCAGCAGAAGAAAGAGGCCUACGCUGGGAUAUUCCAUUUCCGGUUCUGGCGCUUCGGAGAAUGGGUGGACGUGGUGAUUGAUGACCGGCUCCCCACCAUCAACAACCAGCCGGUCUAUUGCCAUUCCAACGAUGCCAAUGAGUUCUGGAGUGCGCUGGUGGAGAAGGCCUAUGCAAAGGUGUAUGGCUGCUAUGAAGCCCUGGACGGGGGGAACACGGCGGACGCUCUCGUGGAUUUCACCGGGGGAGUGUCCGAGCCGCUCGAUCUGAUUGAAGGACAGAUUGCCCAGGAAGAAGAGUCGAGAAACCGGCUCUUUGAGCGGGUGCUGAAGGUGCACAACCGCGGGGGCCUCAUCAGCUGUUCUAUCAGAGCUACCACCAGUGCUGACAUGGAGGCACGUCUGGACUGCGGCCUGGUGAAAGGCCACGCCUAUGCCGUCACAGACGUGCGGAAGGUGAGGCUGGGCCAUGGGCUGCUGUCCUACCUCAAGUCAGAGAAGCUCUUCAUGAUCCGGAUGCGGAACCCCUGGGGCGAGAAGGAGUGGAAUGGGCCCUGGAGCGACAGUUCUGAAGAAUGGCAAAAAGUGAGCAAGAGUGAGCGAGAGAAACUGGGAGUGACGGUGCAAGACGAUGGAGAGUUCUGGAUGACUUUUGAAGACUUCUGCAAGCACUACACGGACCUGAUUCUGUGCCGCCUCAUCAACACGUCUUACCUGAGCAUCCACAAGACGUGGGAGGAGGCGGUGCUGCGGGGGUCCUGGGACAGACACGAUGACCCCUUGCGCAACCGUGCGGGGGGCUGCAUCAAUUACAAAGCCACCUUCAUGCAGAACCCACAGUAUGUCUUUGACGUGAAGAAGCCUGAAGAUGAGGUGCUGAUUUGCCUGCAGCAGAAGGACCGGAGAGCUCGCCCAAAAGAGGGGAAAGGAGAAAACCUGGCCAUGGGCUUUGACAUCCACAGGGUGGAGUUGAACAGGAAGUACAGAAUGCACACUGUCCAGCAGAAGGUGGCGGGCUCCGUCUACAUCAACUCGAGGUGUGUGUUCUUCAAGAAGGAACUGCGAGAGGGCCGCUAUGUCAUCAUCCCCACAACCUUCAACCCCGGGCACACAGGAGACUUCCUUCUCAGAGUCUUCUCAGACGUGCCUUCAGACUGCAGGGAGCUGACUCUCGAUGUGCCUCCUGAAACUUGCUGGACAGGGAUGUGCGGAUACCCCCAGCUGGUCACUCAGGUCCAUGUUCUGGGUGCUCAAGGCCUUCAAGUUCAGGGUUCAAACGGAGCUGCCAAUCUUUACGUGAUCAUAAGCUGUGAGGGGGAGAAGGUGCGCUCCCCAGUCCACAAGGACUGUCUGAGUCCAGAGUUCGAUGUGAAAGCGCUGUUCUACAGAAAGAAGCCAAGGGAACAUAUUCACAUACAGAUCUACAGUAAGACUGUGACGUGUGACACCUUCAUGGGUCAGGUGAUCCUCACUAGUGAGCCCAGUGACCUCCAGCAAGAGCACACCAUUCACCUUCGAGACAAGGGCAACCGGCAGAGCAACGACCUGCCCGGCAACAUCACAGUGUGCAUCAUCACCAAAGACGUGCUCACCAACAUAUAACGUUACCGCAGCCUUCCAUCGCGUGCUGUACGAGCAACACGGGCGACCAAAGGACUCAGAAAAAUAGGUGUUCACAAGGGCUACCUGUGUUAACAACUAUGGCUUUGCCAGCCCAGCAGGUGGCGCAAUUUGUUCAGGAUCAACGUGCUCUACAGAAUGUGUUGCCUGCACAGCCCUCUCUAUAGAAGAAGUCUUCAUGGUAAUUGUUAAUGUUUGCCAGAUUACUGUUCCUUGCACAACCAUGUCGUGAUUUCAUUAACAGAUUUAUUAUUACUCAUAGAGUGGUGCAUUUUUUUGGUAGGAGGUUUAUUGUCUUAAUUAAGUAAUAAGGACCAAGCCACCACGCAUGUUUACUGUGCAGAAAAUAUGUUUUUAUGUCUUCCUAAAACGGCAUAAAAGAUCCUUUUUAUAUGCCAAGUAAUUACACACUUUAAUGUUGCCAGUAAUUAUUAGCAUGGGAAUAUGUUUAUCUAAUGAAAUAACAAAUAGCAUAGCAUAAGGUUUAAGAUUGAUAUAUUCGCUACUGUAUAAUUUUACUUAUUUUCCAGUGUGUGUAACCUUAUCCCCAACCCUAUACGUUCUAUUGUGAUAAGUGCUUUAUGGGACCAAAGAUAGCCAUACAAUGUUGAAGGUUUAAAUGUCAUUCUUUGUUAACACUAGAACAACCAAAGAAAUCUGCCCAACCUAGAAGGAACGAGGGGCCAUUUUGACCCCUACUUGACCGUUCUAUGCUGUAGUUGCCAGUGGUGAGACUAAAACACCAUUAUAUCAUUUCUGAUAGCUUAGAGUUCUACUAAUGGCAUUGACUCUCCUGAAAAUGAUUUUUUUUUUAGGACACAAAAAGAUUAGAAAUCCUUCAGAACAAAACAUGUAAAUGUACUAAAUCAUUGUGCAUUUUACUGUUUUACAUUCAACUAUAACUGUCAUUGGGAAUAUAAAAAAUGUGAAGUCAAAACAGUAGACUAAGAGACCCAAGAAUGAUUUAUCAUUGAACAGACAGGCACAGUGUAGGUCUUCAUUCAAGAGCCACACUUUUUGCAUAUGAACUGUUUCAACUCCUUUGGUGCACAUGAACCGCAGACAGUUGAAGGCACAUGUUAGCUUGCUAGAAUUUCUGAGUCAGAAUCACUAGAGGAAAUGUCAGCAUCCUCUGAAUCCCUGUCCUGGGUGUUUUUUGGCUUUUCCAAAAUUGCAAAGAACCCUUCUUCUAGCAGCCAUCGUCUCCUGUGGGGUGGGGGGACAGCUGCAUUCCAAGGCAAAGGCCUUUUUCAAAUACCAUUCAAAGGCAAGAAUACUGUGAGGAGUCAAUGUGACUCAUUGGUCCUUCUAAGAAUACACUUAUUUUAAAAUGGGGUCGAAAUGACCCAUUGGUCCUUCUAGGUAGGUGUGUGCGUGUUACUUAUAAAGUACUUUCAGUUUAAUCUUGUACAAGACUAAACUGAAGAAACCCAAGUAGUAGGAUAUAGUAUCAGGUUUUGUGGCUUUAAGGAAUACACUUAUUUUAAAAUGGGGUUGAAAUGACCCCUCAUUGUUCUAGUGUUAAUAGAGUUGUUUGCACAUGACGUUGAAAAGUAAGGGUUGUCUGUGCAUGUUUAUGAAGGCUUUCCACACUCUCACAACUGCAGUGUUGGCAGAGAGCGGGAGUUGGGUAUUUAAUAUACCUCAUUUGGCUCAUACACAGUAGCAGCAAUAUACAAUACAUAUAUAUAUAUAAUGUGUAUGUAUUUAUGUUUUGGAAUAGCUGUACAUUUUGGUGUGCAAACCCUGUAAAGUUCUUAAUGGCCUUGCCUGCUAUAAAUCUGUAGCCUUUUCCAAGUGCAAGUGUUUACUGGUGUGCACUGGCUGCUUUCAGGAGCUUUUUUAGGUACAGGUGUUGUCCAUGCAGUAUUUAUGUAAACAGAUGCACUUUUUAAAGUAAAGCGCAUUUUGUACCUUUUUAAGUCAUGGCGAUAUUAUUCAGGCAAAGCAUACUUGGUAUCCAUAGCCCAGUUAGUGUAUGUAGCUUCAAAUGGCAUUGUAGAGAUAGGUGGGGCUAGCAGUCACAUGAUUUAAAUGGAACAAGGAAGGCUGUUCUGUGCUGGCAUUUUGAAUCAUCUAGACAAGCUAAAAGCCAGGCAAAGAGAAAAGGGAUAACCAGUCAAUACUAGAGCAACAGAACCCAGAAGCACUCGGCAAGACUGCAAACACCAUGAAACAGUAAGGGUAUGUCAAUCACAUUGGUUUGUGGAGGGACUAACUCUUACAAGCAAUUGCUUGAGCAGAUAGCCUUUGACUGGCCAAAUAUCUACUGCUGGGGCGAAGUGUGUCUAAAAUUUAAGAACAUAUGAGGUAAUUUUGGUGUCGGUUUACAAUGAAAUCUUAGGAGUUUACUAUGUGGGAACAAGCAGUUAAAAAAGUACCAUAAUUUUUAGAGUAGAACGUCCUCCCUGUGUAUUACGCGCACCCCGUUCUUUGUGUUUUAUUUAACGCCCCUUGUAUAACGCACAUCACAUUUUGCUGCAAGAAAACCGGGUUAGUAGUCCUGUAGGUUGCGACUCGUUAUAAACUACACUCCAGUAAACCGUGCGCUUCAUAUAUAACGUGUAUCCAGCGUAUAGAGAGCCGCAAUGCUUCUAAAAUGUGUAAAAGGGUGCGUGUAAUACAACAAUAGUGUGCUGGGCAUGCAUUUUAACUGCAGUGCACUUUUGAUUUUAGGUAUAGGUAGUUCCUUCAAAAUGUGUAUAGUUAGAAUUCAAAAACAAAAGCAGCAGUACAAGUAGUCAGCAUUGUGGGGACAUCCUGCCUGGCAUUGCACGUCACGUGAGUUUUACUGAUUACUCAUAUUGCCAGUUCCUUGGUGCCUUAGUAAUGUUCCGGAGUAUCUUUGCACCACAUUACCCUUGCAGAAUAAAUACAAGUUUAAAACUGAAGGACGAAGAAUUCUACAGGCUUUUACCAAAAUGCCGAUGCACACAAUUGAGUAAUGCAGACUGCAGUAACAUGGGAUGCUUGUGCACUGUUAUCAUAUAAUGUUGGCAUUCUGCAGUCUGAGUAAAAAAAGCUUUAUUGUAAUGCGGAAAUAAGCUUGCCUUGAUAUUUGCAAAUGCAUUGCAUGAUAACAUUGAAUUUUCUUCUGGGUACUUUUUAUAUGAAUAUUUUGUACGUUUGUGUUAUACACCCCCCUCCCCACCAAGGGGGUCAAAGCCAAUAUUAUGUUUACAAUACUUUUAAUGUUGUAAAAAUACAAUCCUGUAUUUAUAAUUUUGUUUUUCAAGUUUCUGCCCACACUGUUUUUUUUUUUUAGUUGUUCUUCACAGCUUGUUUCCACUGUGGCUAUUUUAUAACUCUUUCUUG